AUGGGCCAGCUCCCGGCCCGCGCUCCGCCCUCAACUCUCCUUCUGGGGAGAGGUCCCGUCAGCCACGCGCAUCUUCUCAACGCCCCUGUGUCCGACGCCCGCGGGGAGGAGGCAGCAGGCCUGGUCCGAAGUUCCAAUACGGGUCAGGCGGUCGCCGCGGCCACCUGUCCAUGGCUAGGACCCGAAGCCACGGAGCCGGGGACCUUCGGGGCCGGAAGUCGUCGCGUCUGGGACUGGUCGAAGCCAGAGGCCCGGAAGUUGCACUGCCGGCGGCAGCUUUUCUUGGGGUUACGGUCGUCCGAGGUUCUCCGCCUAGGACUGCGGGUUCAGACGACCAAGCUCUCUCCAAAUUGGUUCCUUUCUAAGCUGUGGUGCCACACGGCCUUGGGGCCGCGGCUGCGUUCGCGUCACAGUCCCGUUGCCUUGGAAACGGAAGGAGUCUUGGUAGCCUGA